AUGCCGGCGGACCCCAGCCUCCCCCACACACACAGCGGCGAGGAUGUUGUCCUCGGGAUACUUGUUGUCCCACCACUAUCUCAAGGUCCGGAUACACGGGGUCACGAGCAACUCUUGCAGAGAUAUAAGGCGGCGAGGCCCACCCCCACCUCGUCCCGCUCACGCACGAUGGGCUCCUACGACACCGACAGCAAGAUGGAGAAGGGCGACAGCCAAGUCAAGGUUGUCUACGCGAGCGACGUCGAGGUCGUCGACGCGGUGUUUGGCGAGAUCCACGAGGACAGCGGGCCAAACUACCGCAACGUGGGAUGGGCCGGCACCACCAUCCUCAUGUGCAAAGCGACGAUCGGCAUCGGUGUCCUCGGCAUCCCGUUCUCGCUGCAGGUCGUCGGCCUCAUCCCGGGCCUCAUCUACCUCACGGCCGUGAUGGUCAUCAUCACGUGGAGCAACGCCGUGCUGGGGCAGUUCAAGCGCAACCAUCCCGAGGUGUACUCGAUCUCGGACGCGGGCCGGGUCAUUGGCGGGAGGGUGGGGUACGAGUUCUUCGCGAUUGCGUUUUUGGUCUAUAUGGUCUUCUGCUGUGGCUCUUCGAUUGUCACAAUUGCCACGGCGCUCAACGCCGUGUCCCUUCACGGCGCAUGCACGGCCGUCUUCAUCGCCGUCGCCGCCGUCAUCGGGUUCUUGGCCAGCAGCGUGCGCACGCUCGGCAAGAUGGCGUGGCUCGGCUGGGUGGGCAUGGUGACCAUCAUGGCGGCGAUCCUCACCCUCACGAUCGCCGUUACGGUCCAGUCCCGCCCCUCCGCCGCGCCGAAGACGGGGCCGUGGGAGAAGGAGUUCCACACUACCCGCCACGCGACCUUCACGCAGACCAUGAGCGCCAUCGCGGCCUUCAUCUUCGCGACCAACAACCCGCCGACCUUCUUCGGCUUCGUGUCCGAGAUGCGCGACUUCCGGAUGUACGACCGCGCCAUGUACACGACGCAGGUGUUCGUGUGGUGCACGUACGUGACCAUCGGGACCGUCGUGUACUACUACUGCGGGCAGUACGUCGCAAUCCCUGCGCUCGGGAGCGCCGGCGUGCUCAUGAAGCGCGUCUGCUACGGGCUCGGUCUGCCGGGCAUGAUCGUCACGCUGGCCAUCUACUCGCAUCUCGCAGCCAAGUCGCUCUUCGUGCGCAUCCUCCACGGCUCGCGCCACCUCAACACCAACACGCCGACGCACUGGCUCACCUGGCUGGGCUGCACGCUCGGGUGCACAGUGGCAGAGUACAUCAUCGCGUCGGCGAUUCCCAUCUUCGGCAGCCUCGUGUCGCUCAUCGGCGCGCUGCUGUGCCCCAUUGUCGGCAUCAUCCCCUUCGGCGUCAUGUGGUGGUAUGACAACUGGCGCUCCGUGGCCCCCGAGAAGAAGACGGUGCUGCGCCGCGCCAAGCUGGCCUGGGCCAUGAGCGUCACCACCAUCGGCUGCUUCAUCCUCGUCGCGGGCACUUAUGCCGCCGUGCUCGACAUCAAGGCCAACGCGUCCCACUCCAAGCCUUGGGGGUGUGCCGACAACUCGAACUCGGUGCAGUAGGUGUGGGGGGGGCGGCGUGGGUCGGCGUGGGGCUGGCUGUGAGAAUCUUCAAUAGAUCGUUGUAAACAAGUUGUGCUUGAAUGGAUGCAGUCGUCGUCAGAGCCGAGCACG